AUGCGCUUUGCUUCCAUCCAUAGUCGCCUUCCAGCGUACCCGGUCACACGGCUCUCGAAAGGUGGUGCAUUAUGGAGAGUAUCGACACCAUUGUUCAGCGGUUCAAUACGAGGGUAUUCGUUGGCGGUAGCACAUGCAGAUGACGAUGUGAAGGAGCCACAACCGCUCCGUCUCAACCCCGUGGGUGUACAGCAACUUGCUCCUCACCUCCAUUCUCAGGUCUUCACCAAAAAGUUCACAGCUCCACCACAAGAUCUUGUCGAGCUAUCCAAGACUCACCUCCGCCAGCACGAACUCCUCGGCAAGAACACCGAACGCCAACCAGAAAUCUCCAUUGAUUUGCCCCCACUAGUCGGAAAUUCACUAGACGAGCAUUUCCACAAGUUGGGAGCUGAGCUUGCAGAACCAUGGUUAAGAUUGUCCAAAGACUUCGCCUCCAAGGCCUUGCCGCCAAAACCCUCCCCUGGUGCGUGGUUGAGGAGAUCAGGGUGGACUCGACAUAACCCAGACGGCACCACGGAAGCAGUCGAGUACCCGCAAGAAAAGUGCCUUGUCUUUGAUGUGGAAGUUCUUUACAAAGAAUCUCCGUUUGCCAUCAUGGCUUGUGCAGCAUCUACUGAAGCUUGGUAUGGAUGGCUUUCACCCUGGUUAUUGAAGGAAACCGAAAAUGACCGACAACUCAUUCCCAUGGGCAACAUUGGUGAAAGAGUCAUUGUUGGGCACAACAUCAAUUUCGACCGCCAAAAGAUCAAGGAGGAAUACCACAUUCGAGGGACUAAAACGGGUUUCAUCGAUACUAUGUCGCUGCACAUCACUACCAACGGAAUGACUUCCCAGCAAAGACCAUCGUGGAUGAAACACAAGAAGCUCAUGGAGAAGAAGCAAGACAUAAUCGAGCAAUACGGGGAUAAAACGAACGCUGAAUUCGCUCAACUUUUGGAGGAUAUCACUCUCGAGGGUGGCGUUGAAGAAGAAGAUUGGAUGCAAAAAAGUUCAAUCAAUAGUCUUAGGGAUGUCGCCAAGUUUCAUUGUGAUAUCGAAGUUGACAAGACUGUCCGUGACCAGUUUGGUGAGCUCGACCGAGAGGGGGUCAUGAAUAACUUUGAAACCCUCAUGAAUUACUGUGCUGGUGAUGUCGAAAUCACGCAUACGGUGUACAGUAAGACCUUGCCAACCUUUUUGACGAAAUGUCCGCACCCCGUGACCUUCGCAGCGAUGAUCCGCAUGAGUUCCAUGUAUCUCCCUGUGGAUCGGUCGUGGAAGAAGUACAUCGAGACAGCGGAAGCGACGUAUCGUAAGUUGUCAGACGCUGUCCAGGAGCGUCUAAUCUCGCUCGCUGAAAAGGCGUUAGGGAUCAAGGGCGAACCUGAAAAGUACGAGAACGAUCCUUGGCUGAAGCAACUUGAUUGGUCUGGUCAGGAGAUUCGGAUGGUUAAAGGAAAAGGCAAGAACGCUGCGCCUGUACCCUCGGCACGGCAGAAGAUGCCUGGUAUGCCAGCCUGGUACAAAGGUCUUUUCGCGUCCGCAACCAAGCCAAUAAACCUCACAGUUCGGACGCGAGUUGCGCCGCUGCUGUUGCGACUGUCCUGGGAAGGGCAUCCCCUGGUAUGGUCAGACAAGUAUCGGUGGACAUUCCGCGUCACGGAUCCUGCAAAGGUUGAGCUUUAUAAAGCUAAACACCUUGUCAAGUGUGAUAUGACUGACGAGCCUAAGUUGCCCAUCCAGGAGGACACGGAUGGUGUGUAUUUCAAAGUACCUCACAAGGACGGCCCGAGUGCCCGGUGCUCUAACCCGUUAGGAAAGUCCUACCUGAAGGCUUUCGAAGAUGGUUUGUUACGAUCGGAGUUCGAGUAUGCUCGGGAAGCGCUGGAUAUGAAUGCAGCCUGUUCAUACUGGAUUUCAGCUCGUGAACGCAUCAUGACCCAGAUGGUCGUAUGGGCGGACGAUGCUGAGCUUGGCCUAACUCCUGAGUCUGGUGUGAUUCUCCCUCAAAUUAUUCCCAUGGGUACCAUUACUCGUCGAGCUGUGGAGCGGACGUGGUUGACUGCAUCUAAUGCGAAGAAAAACCGUGUUGGGUCGGAGCUCAAGGCGAUGGUUCGCGCCCCACCAGGUUACAUGUUUGUGGGCGCCGAUGUGGACUCGGAAGAGUUGUGGAUUGCAAGUUUGAUCGGAGAUGCUCAGUUUGGCAUGCAUGGUGCGACAGCCUUGGGCUGGAUGACGCUUGAAGGCACGAAAGCUGCGGGUACAGAUCUGCAUUCCAAGACUGCCAACAUCUUGGGCAUCUCGCGAAAUGAAGCUAAGAUUUUCAAUUAUGGGCGUAUCUAUGGCGCUGGUUUGAAGUUUGCGAUCCAGUUGCUUCAGCAAUUCAACCCUAGCGUUACUGAAGUGCAUGCAAAAAAGGUUGCCGAAGAGUUGUAUAAGGCUACGAAGGGCGUUAAAACGCGUACCAAAGAGCGUGGCACUUUCUGGCGCGGCGGUACAGAAAGUUUCGUGUUCAACAGGCUCGAAGAGGUUGCCGAGUUGGAUACGCCAAGGACGCCAGUAUUGGGAUGUGCCAUUACGGAGGCGCUUUUGAAGCAAUAUCUUGGCGCUAAUGGCUUUAUGACGUCGAGAAUCAACUGGGCCAUCCAGUCAUCUGGUGUAGAUUACCUGCAUUUGCUGAUCGUCGCGAUGGAGUAUCUCAUUAAGCGGCACAACAUUGACGCAAGGUUGUGCUUGACAGUACACGAUGAGAUCCGUUACCUUGUCUCUGACGAAGACAGAUACCGUGCUUCUUUCGCUAUGCAGGUCUCGAAUCUGUGGGUUCGCGCUAUGUUUAGUGAGCAACUUGGAAUUCAUGAUUUACCGCAGUCCGUCGCUUUCUUCUCUGCAGUUGACAUUGAUCACGUUCUUCGCAAGGAAGUCGAUUUGUCGUGCGUAACACCGUCCCAUCCGGAAGCCAUUGCUCCAGGGGAAAGUUUGAACAUCGAACAACUCUUACAUAAAGUAAAUCAACUCGAUCCAAGAGAUGUCCCGAAGGUUCCUAUCAAUCCUGAGAAACAGGCGUAUACUCCACGCCAACCUGUGUUCGAGAGCCUCAAUAACGCUCUCGAUCUUGGUUUACUCAAGGCGCAAGUUGCAAAAACCGAAACCGAGUUGCGCCAAGCUCUCCAUCCUAAAGGACCCGCACAACGCUCUGGUCAGGCGAAAGCGACCAGAUCUCCUGGGCGUGAUGGAAAUGAUGAUCCCGAUAGCCGGGAAGGGUACAAUGGAUACAAUAGGCGCAACAGCUACGGUAGGAACGAUGGGUAUAGUGCUAGUGCAUGCCGUGGGUACGAAGAACGCGGUGAGUACGGUAGGAACAAUGGGCGUAGGUACUGA